GCUGAGCAGAAGCUGUGAAAAUGGGAAAGGCGAGCUCUCUAUGGAGGAAAUGCGCAGAUUACCUGUACGCCAAGUGGGAGAGGACGAUUCUUUGGGAUAUGAUAAAGCCAUACAAGGGGAGACCCAAGUUGUCUACUCCUCUCGUUACUAUUUAUAUAGCUGCUUUCUACAUGGGGGUCAUUGGCUCUGCCAUUACUGAGCAACUCUAAAAGGCAAACUCACUUCCUAAAUUCUCAUCUCCUCACCCUUUUUUUUUUGGCUGGAAAUCAGUUAGAUGUUGCAUAUAUAUAUAUAUUUUUUGGCUGUUAGAUAAAAAAAAUUUCACCUUGGAUUGUAAGAAGCUCUAAUCUGUUCCCGCUUUCUAAGAAUUCCACAUGGAUUAAAAAAAAAAAAAAAUUCUAGAUUGCUCCUAAUUCAGGAGAAGUACUGGGAAGAUCAUCCCAGUGAAGCAGUGCCUCUCAAGAAGCCAAAAUUCUACUAUGGCCCUUGGAAGGUGCUUAGAGGGGAGGAUCUGCCGCCCAGUCUGUGAAAACCACAACAAUUUUAUUUGUUUUCAGUUACUUCCAAUUUGUUUUUUGUUUCUUUUUUUUAUAUGUCACAGGCUCCAUAGAUUUUAGCAAACAAGGAUUUCCCACUGCUUGAAAAUAAAUAUAUGGAGCAUACAUUGUCAGUUGUCAUAAUGAUUAUGCUUUUUGUUGGCCAAUGCCUAAUUGAAUAGGAAGCGUUUUUAGUCCCUGUUUGACAUACGAUUUGCAUUUGAGAAAUCUUGUUGUCUGCUUGAACCAGAAAGGUUGCUUUGCUUAGCAUUUAAAAAAUCAUUUCACCACUAAAAUUUCUGCCUAAUUCCUCCCUUUUUGCCUUUUUGUUUAUAAAGUUAACGAAGGAGGUGCUUAUUUACCCUUUAGAUAGUUAGAUCCUUGAGAUUGGGACUUUCUUUUGAUACUUUUGUCCAUGUUUCGGCCCAUGUAAUUGAAUUUAAUGUAAAGAAAUGAUUUUUUCAGUUUACUGUGUUCAAUUACAUUUAGCUCUCUUUUUGGCAUGGAGUUUGUUAAAAACACUCUCUUGAACUGGUUGGACAAUAUUUAAUAUGCACCAAUUAAAUGUGUCUGUAUGUUUUGAUAUCAGCGGCCUGCUUAACAAGAUUCAUUUAUUCACCUGUAGUGUAUGGUUUCUACAAUGGUAUUAAUAGGAAGGAAAGGAACAUUUUGUUUGUGAAUUGGUAUUUCUAGGGAAGGAAUGUAUGGAUCAAGUAAGUUUUAUCUAUACUCGGAUGUAUAUACCUAAUCAAUCAACAAAUGUCAUUUUAGUUGAAAUCAUAGCAGGUCUCACAUAUAAAUAUAUGGCAGUAGUUUUUAAUUGAUGGGGUGCAUAAAUAUCCCAAUGUAUGCAAGAAUUUUUCGUAAAGAUUUGUCUUUCCAUAGGUUGUUUAUUUAGUUUGUCUUAGAAAGGAACAGAAUCUAGUGCUUCUGGUGCACAAUACAAACCACAAUCUCAAACUUGCUCAAUCACUUGAUCAAUCAGCAACCUAAGAUCAAUGUGUGAUAUUCUAUUGCAAUAUAAACCAUCAGAGUCAGGACUAACAGUCAAUUAAUGGUGCACCUUUGCCAUAUUUCUCAUGCCUCUUUCUUGAACUUGUAAAACCGUUUUUUUGGCCUUCUUCUUCCCCUUCCAGGUUAGCAUUUCCCUAGAGUCCUUUCUCUCCCUGUAUGUGUGCGUUGAUCGUCGAAAAAUGGCAACAUAUGGAACAAUACCAACAGAAUUGCAUCCACCAUCAAACCUACGCAUCAUUUCAAACGCAAAAGAAAAGAUCGAAUUGAGCCUUGGCACACGAAGACCAUGGAGGGAAAUGAUCCAGCUGCAAUCUUUCAACCUUCCUUUCACAUUAAGCGAGUCCGUUCAAAAGAUCAAAACGAAUGUUGCAUUCUUUCGUUAUAACUAUGUUAUUAUCAUACUUUUCAUCUUGUUCCUCAGCUUGCUCUGGCACCCUGUAUCGUUGAUCGUCUUCAUAAUAAUGAUGGCUGCAUGGUUGUUCCUGUAUUUUCUGCGUGACGAUCCCCUGGUGGUUUUAGGCAUUGUAAUCUCUGAUAAAGUCGUGAUGGUAAUCUUGUUGAUGGCUACAAUCAUCAUGCUUUCUCUUACAAAUGUAACUGAUAAUAUUAUUGUUGCCCUGUUCUUGGGGGUGGUGGUUAUUUUGGUUCAUGGGGCAUUUAGAAAUAUUGAUGAUUUGAUGUUUGUGGAAGAUGAAGAAGGUUUUGGAUCGGCUGGCAUAUUGAGCGGCAGAGAUAAUGCAGCCACUGUGCCUCUCAAAAAUGCUGCAUCUCCUUCUUUUUCUGCCUCCUAGUCAGUCCAUGCUAGUGGUUUUUGGUUCUCCGUGUUCUCCUCCAUUGAGAUUUGUUGUUACAGUAUAAUCGUCACUUUGAAAUGGGUGAUAUUGAGCUUGAGGUUUCCUAAUGUUUUUUACCCUUUGAUUUGAUUAUCAAUGAAAAGUAGGAAAGGGGGAAAAGAUUGGGUUAAUAGUAUUGAUUUUAUUAGACAAUGAAAAACAUCAUUGUUGAUUAAUUUAGAGAUAAAUAGAUUAUUUCUUCCACAAGGAACUUAUGCACUAACAUUAUUGAUAUUGGUAAACAGUCUUCUCAGAAUUUUGAUAGCGUUGUUGGUGUUUGUUUUUCAACGACUUUUGUAUUUUUCCAACCUCAGCCGACGCAUCAGACUCAUGAGUGACUGUUGGUCAUGUGAUUCAUAUGUAUCUUAAUGUCAAUUCCCAAAACAAGACAAGCCAAAAAAAUUCUAGUUCCAAUGUACAAUGGGCUACACAGGUGAUACUGCUUUGAAAGAGAAAAAAAAAAAAAAAAAAAAAAAGGGAAGAAAUAGUUAUUCUGGCUCUACGGCCUUGUCUGGCCUACUGUUGAACCUUAAAAUUUUUGCAUUAAUUAUGGAAUUGGAAUGGUGCGAUGGGAAUUUAGAGAAAUCUUGGAUAAGGGUUAAAGAUACAACAAAGGAAGCAACCACAGGUAGAUAAACAGAUGCGUUGCCUAGUUAAAGUCUUCCUGUUCUCAAUUCUACAGGGAAGUCUUUUUUUUAUUCUUUUAUUUGCAUAGACCACAAAGUAGUUCAAACCUUCUGGUCAGAGAUCCAAAUCCACAGAAUUGGCCUCCAGUGUGCUAUUGGGUAGUUUCAUUUUGUUUGCAUAAUAAAAUGUCAUCAAAUUCUGCACAUACAGGAGGAAAACAUCGAAAAGAGCAGUUUCUUUUGGUCGCAAUCCGCAGCCACUAAACUCGAUAAAGACGCGCUCCUGCCACAAUCAACAACAUAUGAAAUGCAACUGCCACUAAUUUAUUUUAUUUUAUUUUUUUUUUGAUGAUGCAAGUUCAAAAGGAUAGUUAACGAGUUUUACAUCUGACACUUGUGUGAUAGUAUUAUCAGCUAUUGAUUGCUUCCUUAGCUGUAUUACAAUCACACAAAGUGUGUGUUGAAGUGAACCCCUUGUAAAUAUUGGAAGUCCAACUCAAGAGUCUCACGCCACGCUAACAGCCAAUCAUACAACUCUCUGAUCAGAUGACCCAAGCUUCUUUUGAAAUGUCUGUAAUCUCUACUUUUUUACCGGAAAAAAUUGCUUUAAAAAAUGAUCAGCAGCCGCAACUGCCUUUUCCUUGCCACAGUCUCAUCGCAUAGAAAUGGUCAAGACCCAAAAGAGUCCAAGUCCCAUUGUUCGAAACAAAUCAUAUUUUCCUUGUUCAUUAAUUUGAAAAUAUAGUAAAUUUUUCACAAAAGGAAUUAAUUUAAACUAAAAGAACAAAUUGUAUAUUUGCAUGCUA